AUGGCGUCUGGAAAAAGGAAACGGUACCAGCGAGUUUUGCUGUUUGUUCUGGCGUUUCUUCCAGUCUCAGGUGUGUUGUGUUUUAGUGAGUUAUUCUUCAUCAAGGAGCCCCACGAUGUGACGGCCCUGCGGCGGGACGCCGUCAUCAUGGACUGCCAGGCCCACGGCGAGGCGCCCAUAACCGUCAGAUGGCUGAGGAACGGGGUGCACCUGGCGGAGAGCGAGCGGCUCUACCUCCUCUCCAACGGCUCCCUUUUUCUCUCGGAGGUGGAGAGCAGGAGAGGGGAUAAAUCAGACGAGGGCUCGUACCAGUGCCUUGCUCAGAACCGCUACGGGGCCAUCCUGAGCCAGAAAGCCCGUCUCACAAUCGCAAGCAUCUCCUCCUUUGUCGUCCAGCCGAGGUCCAUCGUGGUGACCGAGGGUUCGGUCGCCAGGUUCUCCUGCAAAAUCAUCGCAACCCCUCCUCCCAUAAUCACCUGGGAGUUCAACCGGGUCAUGUUGCCCCUCGUCACGGACAGAAUCACGGUGCUGCCCAGCGGUGUCCUGCAGAUCCACGGCGUGCAGCGGACGGACUCGGGGAAUUAUCGCUGCAUGGCCGCCAACAUCGGCAACCGCCGCAGGAGCACAGAGGCGACCCUUACCGUCACACCAGCGCCCGGCCCGCAGCUCCCCCAGAGGCCGCGCAUUAUUGCCGGGCCGCAGAACGCCACCGUGUCGCUGCACCAGAGCGUCAUCCUGGAGUGCAUGGCCACCGGGAAGCCGCGGCCCCUCAUCUCCUGGAGCCGAGCCGACAGCAAAUCCAUCGAUGUCUACAACAGCAAGGUGCUGGGGAACGGCAACCUCAUCAUCACGGACAUCAAGCCCCAACACGGCGGAGUGUACAUGUGUCGAGCCACCACGCCCGGCACGCGCAACUACACCGUGGCCUCCGCCAACGUCACCGUGCUGGCGCCGCCGUCGCUGGUGGAGUGGCCGGAGAGCCUGACGCGCCCGCGGGCCGGUACCGCCCGCUUCGUCUGUCAGGCUGAAGGAGUUCCCCCGCCGCAGAUCACCUGGCUGAAGAACGGCGAGAGAGUCCAAUCCAACGGACGCAUCAAGAUGUACAACAGCAAACUGGUCAUCAACCAGAUCAUCCCCGAGGACGACGCCAUCUAUCAGUGCCAGGCGGAGAACGACCAGGGCUCGGUUCUGUCCAUGGCCCGGCUCAUCGUGGUCAUGUCCGAGGACCGGCCCAGCGCGCCCAGGAACGUGCGGGCCGACACGGUGUCCAGCUCCGCCAUCCUGCUGGCCUGGGAGCGACCGCUGUACAACGCGGAUAAAGUUAUCGCUUAUUCUGUCCACUACAUGAAAUCUGAAGGCCUGAACAACGAGGAAUAUCAGGUCGUCAUCGGCAACGACACCACCCGCUACAUCAUCGACGACUUGGAGCCGGCUCGUAACUACACCUUCUACAUCGUGGCGUACAUGCCCAUGGGAGCCAGCCGGAUGUCGGACCACGUCUUCCAGCAAACACUGGAAGAUGUCCCCCUCCGCGCCCCGGAGCUCAGCCUCACCAGCCGCAGCCCCACGGACAUCCAGGUGUCAUGGCAGCCCCUCUCCAACAAGCUGAGCCGCGGCCGAGUGUCCGCCUACCGCCUGUCGUACCGCACCAGUGCCGAGCCCGCCGUCACACAGAUGGAGCUGCCCGGAGAGAAAACCCAACACCUGCUGGAGAACCUGCAGCCAGACACCAUCUACCUGCUGCGCAUCGUGGCAGCCACCAGCGUGGGCUGGGGGGAGCAGUCCGUUUGGACCUCGCACCGAACGCCCAAAGCAUCCAGCGCAAAAGUUCCUUUAGCUCCCGAGCUGCAGCUGGAGCCCUUAAACUGCACCACCAUCUCCAUCCGCUGGCAGCUAGCUCCAGCUAACUCGGCCAGCGUCCAAGGCUUCAGACUUUUCUACCACGAGGAGAGCCAGCCGGAGAACGCCCCCAUUCAGCUGCACGCCUCUGACAGCAGACACACCAUCGGAGGCCUCGACCCAAGGAAGAAGUACCAUGUGAAGCUCCUCGCGUACAACUUCAUGGGAGAUGGUUAUCAAGCGGACCAGACCAUCAGCACCCCUGGAUGUGUCUCCGUCAGAGAUCGUCUGGUGCCUCCUCCUCCUCCUCCUCACCACGUGUCCGCCAAGACCAACAGUUCGACCGCUGUGUUCCUCCAUUGGGGUCGGCCGGCCUUCACCUCCAGCCACACUGUCAACUACACCAUCCGCUCUAACCCGGUGGGCCUGCAAAACGCCUCUCUGGUCCUCUACCUGCAGACCACUGAACAGAGCUUCCUGGUUCGAGACCUCGAGCCCAACACCAGGUAUGAGUUCGCCGUCCGCCUCCAUAUUGACCAGCUGUCCAGCCCCUGGAGCCCCGUCAUCUACCAGACUACGUUACCUGAAGCACCCAUGCUGCCUCCGUCCAACGUCAAAGUGACUCUCAUCGAGGAGGACACAGCGCUCGUGUCGUGGAAGCUCCCGGACGAGCCCAACGCCGCCGUGACGCAUUACACCAUCCUGUACGCCUCCAGACAGGCCUGGGUCACCGGCGAAUGGCAAGUGCUGCAAAGAGAAGGGAGUAUGACCAUGGCGCUCCUGGAGAAGCUGCAGCCGGGCCAGGUAUACCUGGUCAAGGUCUCGGCAUCCAACCAGAUGGGCGACGGGCCCUUUUCUCCUACGGUGGAGUUGGCGGUGCAAACGGACGGUUUAUCCCCCGGCCAUGUUCCCAGGCGGUCCCACGGCUCCCCGCACGCCACCGUCUUUUCUGACGGUUUCUACCACCUGGACCAGCGGUCCAUGACGGGGAUCAUCGUGGGCGUAUUCAUCGCGCUCAUCUGCAUCAUCAUCUGCGCUUUCAUCAUCAUCUGUAGAGGCAAGAACAAGAAACUGUCAGCCGUUAAGCUGCACCGGCAGAGAGCAGGAACGUCUCCCGCCGCCGCAGCUCGUCUGGGGUCGGACGGACCAGCGGAGAACGCCGACAUAAUGGUUCCCAUGAUGAGCGAGGAACACUUUUUAGAUGCCAAGGGUGGAACCAGUCUCAUUAUCAAUAGUCUUGGACCUGUUUGCCCAAAUCCUGAGAAGAAGAAAAAAUGGUUUGAGUUCAGCGGUGAGGAGAAGAAGAAGGCUAAGAUGGUGCAGGUGCAGAGGAAGAGACACGGGGUCGGCUCCUACCAGCCAGGGAGCACGGUGCUGUGUUAUGAAGAGGAGGUGUCCAUGUCCGCAGACCGGCCCGUCACCCUGCAGGUUCUCCUUGGGACCCCCAGCGACACGGAGGGCUCGUCCAACAGCGAGGGCAGCCACGAGACGGGCGACUCGGGCCGCUACUCUCACGACGAGACAGAGGUGACCAACCUGGCCUCCAGCCCCGACAGUCGCCCUCCUUCUGUGGGAGCGGAGGAGGAGGGCAGCGAGUUGGACCACAGCCCCUCUGAGGAGAGCAGCGAGGAGACGGACAAACUGAAGGAGCUCCAGGAGGAUCGACACCACAGUGAUGAAGCUCAGAACAGCUACCGGUCUGCACUUUCUCUCUAA